GCCUCGAAAAGACCCCUCACCAUCUCCUUUGUGUCCUUGCUAACCAACUCUCCUCAUUAUAUCCCCCUCUCCUCUCUCUCCUCUCCAUGUAAAGCUGCUGCUAGCUAGCUUAAUUGGCGCGCUUGUUAGCUCUCCGCUAGCUACCUGCUGCCUGCCUAUACAUACCCGACGCCACCGUCACACGCGCACGCAUACACCUACCGGCCCAAGAAAAGCUCCUCUGGCCCUCCUCUAUCUAGCCGGCGAACAGGAGAUCGAUCGGCGCAUGCAGGGCGUCGGUGACCAGGGAGGAGGCAUGGAGAUGAGCUUCGGGGGUGGGGGCGGCCGCGGGGAGUGCUCGUCGUCGUCCGCGGCGGCGGUGGCGGUCGCGGCGGCGUCGGCGGCCGAGGCGGAGGAGCGGCAGCUGCUCAAGGGGGAGAUGGCGGUGCACCCGCUUUGCGAGCAGCUGGUGGCGGCGCACGUCGGGUGCCUGCGCGUGGCCACCCCCAUCGACCACCUCCCGCUCAUCGACGCGCAGCUCGCGCAGUCCAGCGGCCUCCUCCACUCCUACUCCGCCCACCACCGCCCCUUCCUCUCCCCGCACGACAAGCAGGAGCUCGACUCCUUCCUCGCGCAGUACCUGAUGCUGCUGUGCUCGUUCAGGGAGCAGCUGCAGCAGCACGUCCGGGUGCACGCCGUGGAGGCCGUCAUGGCGUGCCGGGAGAUCGAGCAGUCCCUGCAGGACCUGACUGGUGCGUCUUUGGAGGAAGGAAUGGGGGCGACAAUGUCCGAGGACGAGGAUGAGGGGCCGCCGAUGAUCAUGGAGGCGGCACCCAUGGAUAUGAGCUCGAAUGGACACGACAUGAUGGGCUUCGGCCCUCUGGUACCCACGGACACGGAGCGUUCCCUCAUGGAGAGGGUCAGGCAAGAACUCAAAAUUGAACUCAAACAGGGUUUCAAGUCAAGGAUUGGAGACGUGAGGGAGGAGAUACUCCGGAAGAGGAGGGCCGGGAAGUUGCCUGGGGACACCACCACCAUACUGAAGCAAUGGUGGCAGGAACACGCCAAGUGGCCCUACCCUACGGAAGACGAUAAGGCCAAGCUUGUUGAAGAGACUGGCCUGCAGCUGAAGCAAAUCAACAACUGGUUCAUCAAUCAGAGGAAGCGCAACUGGCACAACAACUCCCAGACAUCAACCCUCAAAUCAAAGCGUAAAAGGUAGCUAGGUGCACAGCUGCAAAGUAUAUACAUGCAUAUAUAUACCUGACGCCUAAUCACACGAAAGAUCUCGGUGACACACACACAGAGAAAUAAGAAGAUCUGGAUUCAAUUGUAUAUCUAGUUAUUAGUCAGAGGUGACACCUUAAUGACAUACGUACACGCUACUAGUCUGACCACUGGCAUACGCGUUGCAAUUGUUGAGCUGAUUAUUAUAUACUCAAAAGGAAAAUUCUUGUGGUUUUUUGUUGUGGGUACAUACGUUUCCAUAAAAAAAACAUUCCUGUGCAUAUAUGUAUAUUGAGCGUUCCAUGGCCUUGUACGGCGUCUCGAAUGACCAAAGCAAAAGAGAUGCGCACCUCUGCUUU